UUGAUGUCAUUUUACCCCUGAGCAUAUGCCCAAGUAUCCCUCAGCGUUUUCAGUCAUAUUUCUUUUUUAAAAAGUUUAUACAUAUAUAAGCAAAUUUCUGGUGAUAGCAAUUAUGUGUCUGCGAUUAGUUAGAAGUGCGCUCUGCUGCUGUUGCAAAUUGGGUGUCAAAUGUCUGUGCUUUUUGGUCUUCUCCACGAUCGGGAUUCUGAUCAUAGUGGCCUUGGUCGUGUAUUUUUGUUUUUUCUACAAUAAAUCAGAGGACACCACCACAAAGGCUUACUCGGAUUCCACGACGGGCACUACUGUAGAGGACCUUACAAGUACAACUGGUGCCAAGGCUCUAAUCAGGGCGUAUCUGCAUAACCUUAUAGAUAGAAUAUAAAUAAUGAAAAGAACAUAAAAGUAUUAUAACUAAGGGUAAUCUAAAUAGAAUGGUCUUCCUGAA